UAUUAUGGUUUUAAAAUCCUGAAAUAUAUAUCGGUCAGGGGGAAACAGUCACGGUAUAGCCAUACCGCUCAUCACUGUUGUAUAAUGCCGCCCGUGAGAUGGUGCAGCUUUUUAAAUUCCUGUUAAAAUCCGCCAAAACUCCGGGCCGUGCCCACUUCCGGCCCAGUUUCCUGGACACCCUGCGCCUGGCAGUUCGCGGCGGACAUGGUGGCAACGGGCUGCCCAAGUACGGAGGAGUCGGUGGCCAAGGCGGCUGCGUCUACUUGGUGGCCAAGGAGGGACUGACCCUCCGCAAGGUAGUCCAGGGCUUGAAGGACAAGCGGGUGGCGGCCUCAAGUGGCGAGGAUAGCAGCAAGGCCAGCAUCUUCGGACGCCGUGGUGUGGACCAGAAGAUCGAGGUGCCGGUGGGCGUCCAGGUGUACGACGACCAGCACAAUCUUUUAGCGGAUCUCGAUGAGAACGAUGCCACCUGCAUUGUGGCGGGCGGAGGCAUCGGCGGAUGCACGGCCAACAACUUUCUGGGUCGUCCCGGCGAGAAUCGCACAGUGAAUCUGGACCUGAAGCUCAUAGCGGACGUGGGACUGGUGGGAUUUCCCAAUGCCGGCAAGAGCACCCUGCUCAAGGCCGUCUCCAAUGCCAAGCCCAAGAUUGCCGCUUAUCCCUUUACCACCAUCCGUCCGCAGAUUGGAACCAUCGAAUACCGUGACCUGCGCUCCAUAACUGUGGCCGAUCUUCCCGGCCUCAUCGAGGGAGCCCACGCAAACUUCGGCAUGGGCCACAAGUUCCUCAAGCACAUUGAACGCACCCGCCUGCUGGUCUUUAUGGUGGACAUUUUUGGCUUCCAGCUCAGUCCGCGUCAUCCGCAUCGCGAUUGUGUGGCCAACAUAUUUGCCCUGAACAAGGAGUUGGAGCUGUACGAUCCAUCGCUGCUGGAGAAGCCCACUGUCCUGCUGCUGAACAAAAUGGAUAAGGAGGGCGCCCACGAGAUCCUCACCAAAGUGAAACCAGUCAUUGAUGACCUGGCCAGUGGGCUGGCAGAGUGUCCCGAGGAACUGCGCCCCAAGCAGGUGCUGAAAUUCGAGAGCAUUGUGCCCAUAUCGGCCAUGAACUCCACCAAGGUCACGCAGGUGAAGUCGCAGCUUAGGAGGACGCUGGUGCGCCUGGCUGAGAAACAGUUCCUGGCGGAUGAGGAUCAGAUCAAGGAGCAGCUGAAGCAGCGCGUGGGCCUGGUGGGCCCCAAAUUAACAUAGUUCUAAGUGUAAACAAAUUUGCAUUAGUUUUUGUUUGGCCUAACAAAUCUAAAAUUAAAAACUGGAUAGCAGUGAAAAUGCAUACUUUUUAUUUGAGCAUUUAGCAAAGUGUUUUAGCAAAUAAUUUGUACCUUCUUAUUUUCUUCAUUUGUUAAACUGAUAUUUUAAAAAAAUUGCUCAUUUUAAAAGCGUAGAUAAUUUAAUAAACUCCUUACUCCUGAAAUUCCA